AUGCACAAGAACAUAGGUUUGAUCUCCAUAAAACGAAGUGUGGUGAUGCAGAUUGUUCAGUCUUCUCUGUACCCACUGUCUCCUGAGAAAGGACACACAGGGAAAGAAGGGCUGGCCAGUGAAUUCUUGACAAACUUGAAACAGGAGUUGGUGUCAUUCGAAGAUGUGACUGUGCAGUUCACAGAGGAGAAAUGGGCUUUGCUGGACCCUUUACAAAGAACUCUGUACCGGAAGGUAAUGCUGGAAAACUGGAAGAACCUGGCCUCACUUGGUAAGCGCCUUGAUAAACCAAAUCUGAUAUCCCAGUUGGAGCAAGAAGAGGUCAUAAGAGAGGUCAGAGGAAGUGUUCCAGACAUCUGUCCAGAUUUGGAGCCUGUGCUGAAAGUCAAAUGGCUGGCUCCUGAGAAACACACUUUUGGAAAAUUGCAUGCGAAUGGCCAGAGAACAGGAAAACUGGAGGAAAAAGAUCAUCAUGGAAUGAAAAUAAAUGAAUGCAAUCAAUGUUUUAAAGUCUUCAGCACAAAAUCUAACCUUACUCAGCACAAGAGAAUUCAUACUGGAGAAAAACCCUAUGACUGUAGUCAGUGUGGAAAGUCCUUUCACAGUAAAUCUUAUCUUAUCGUACACAGAAGAAUCCAUAAUGGGGAGAAACCAUUUGAAUGCAAUUACUGUGGGAAAGCAUUUAGUGAUCCCUCAUCCCUCAGACUUCACAUAAGAAUUCACACUGGGGAAAAGCCCUAUGAAUGUAACCAGUGUUUUCAUGUCUUCCGUACCAGUUGUAACCUCAAAAGCCACAAGAGAAUCCACACAGGGGGCCAGAAUCACCAUGAAUGUACUCAAUGUGGAAAGGCCUUCAGUACAAGGUCCUCUCUCACUGGGCAUAAUAGCAUCCAUACUGGAGACAAACCCUUCAAGUGCCAUGAUUGUGGGAAAACCUUCAGGAAAAGCUCGUAUCUGACCCAGCACUUGAGAACUCACACUGGAGAGAAGCCCUAUGAGUGUAAUGAGUGUGGGAAGUGCUUUAUCAGUAACUUUUCUCUCACUGUACAUAAGAGAAUCCACACUGGAGAGAAGCCAUAUGAGUGCAGUCACUGUGGAAAAGCUUUUAAUAACCUCUCAGCUGUGAAGAAGCACUUAAUGACUCAUACAGGGCAAAAGCCCUAUGGGUGCAACCAUUGUGGAAAAUCUUUCACCAGUAACUCCUACCUCUCUGUGCACAAAAGAGUGCAUAACAGGUGGGUAUGA